CACAUUGCCGUGUGUGCGCUAGACUCGACGCAAAGAUGCAAUUCCCCUAUCCACGGCAAUGGAACUGUCUUUUCCUCUGUCACGGUUGCAUUGUAGGGACGGGGGACGCACGGCAGCCCAGGAUAUCUUCACCCCAAUGGACCGAGUCUUGUAACAGACAAAUACACUAAACCUCAUAUCCAACCUGAGUCACAAAAAUCGCCAUGGACGAAAUCACUCCCACCACUUCCACCGCCCCAAAGACCUUUACCCUCUUCCCUCUCCUCCCUACUGAGCUCCGUCUCGCCAUCUGGCAAGCCUCCUGCCACCCUCGCAUCCUCGAAAUUCACUACUGCCCCUCCCAAGACCGGUGUUUUACCCCCUCCAAGCCGCCCGUCAUCCUCUCCGUCUGCCGAGAAUCCCGCCACGAAGCGCUCUCGCGCAUCUACGCCAAAGCCUUUGGCACACGCACCCACCCGUCCGGAUCCAUCUACUUUGCGCCGGAUCUAGACAUCCUCUACAUACCGCGGUACUACGAAGAGGAAGGGGACUUCCAUCAUCAUCACCAAAAAAGGAAAGCAGCACGCGGCGAGGAAGAAAAGGAAAGGACUAGGAGGAUCAUGUCCAUGGGCUACAGCGAGACGGCACGCGAUUUUGAUCGGUACGUCCUCAACACCACGGAGCUGGUGAAGAAUCUGGCCAUCGAUCAUGUCCGACCGGAGAUCAGGCGGCCGUGGGAGACGUAUAGCAAGUUUUGUCUGAUCAGGAGCUUUCCGAGGUUGGAGAGGGCGUUUUUGAUUUUGGAUAAUACCACCACUACCGCAUCAUCGACCAUCACCACCGCCGCGGCAACGAUGACCAUCUCCACGAGUGACGAUAGGGUAAUAGAAGGAGUGGACGACGGGGACGACGACGAGGAUCAAAUCGAAUUUAUCGACCCCACCGAAAGCAAGGAAGAAAUUACGCGGUUGAUGGAGAACGUAAGCGCUUCAUUCUCCCAUGAGGUGGGGGUGGGGGUUAUUACUCGGUUUGAGGACAGUGGCAGUGGAGGGGGGAGCAACGAUCAUAGGGCCCAGCAACCACGUCUUGAUUGCUGCUUGAAUCAUGCAUCAGGUGGGCGCGGCGGUGAUGACCUGGCUUUGAUACCAAAGACUAAGGUUCAUCACCAUCAUCCUAGCCAUCAUGCCCCGUGGCAGAGUCAUACGUCGUCGUUUGUGGCUUGUGUAUGAACUUGGGAUUUGCGAGUGAGAAGAAGAAAAGGGGGGAGUAAUGCGUUAUGAAUGGUAUAUGACUAUGGGUAAUGAGCAAAAGCGGUGUUUCAGGAUUUCUCUUUUCCUCAUUUUGGGCGUCUGGUCAAUGAUCACAAUGCAUUUCAAUGGUUGAUCACAUACAAGUUCUUGACGGACACUCUAAACUGCACAGGUCACCACCAAAUGAGAGGUGCCAA